AUGACUUUGCUUCUAGAAGAACUGUGCAUAUCUGAUUUGGAAGCAGUAAAGGUGAACAUCCUGGGUGAGGUGGUGGAGAAGGGCAGCACCAACCUCGCCGUGGACACAGAGAUUUUCAGCCUGCACUCGGCCAUCUACUCGGCCCGGCCAGAUGUCCGCUGUCUGUUUCACCUCCACACACCGGCCACUGCUGCGGUUUCAGCUAUGAAGUGCGGCCUCCUGCCUCUGUCCCAUGAGGCUCUGCUGGUGGGUGAUGUGGCUUAUUACGACUACAAUGGAGUCAUGGAGGAGGAGGAGGACAGAGUGGAGCUGCAGAAGAGCCUGGGGCCAACCUGUAAGGUUCUGGUGCUAAGGAAUCAUGGCAUUGUGGCUCUGGGGGAGUCUGUGGAGGAGGCUUUCUACACCAUCUACCACAUCCAGGCUGCCUGCCAGAUCCAGGUGUCGGCUUUGUGCUGUGCCGGUGGUGAACAGAACCUGAUUCUGCUGGACCGGACCACCCAUAAACCCAACGUAGCCGGCACUGUGGGUUGGGCUGGCUCCACCUUUGGGCCCCUGCACAAGAGCCGCGUCGGCGAGCAUGAGUUUGAAGCCCUCAUGAGAACUCUGGAUAACUUGGGCUACCGCACAGGAUACGCCUACCGCUUCCCUGUGCUGCUGGAGCGAACGCGGACACGGAGAGAGGUGGAAGUGCCUGCAACCGCCACAGCUUUCCACCAGUUUGAUGACGACGGAGUCCACCCGGCUCUCAGGCAGCAUCCUUUUGCCCAGCGCCAGCAGCAGGAGAGGACUCGAUGGCUCAACACCCCCAACACCUACCAAAAAGUUAGCCAGGAGCAAGCCAGCCCGGGACAUCGCAGCACUUGGUUGAAGACAGAAGAGGUGACACAAGCCGGCAGCACAUCCAUCAAGAUGGAGAAUCCAAACCAGUUUGUGCCUCUCUUCACCAACCCUCAAGAGGUGAUUGAGACACGAAACAAGAUCCGACAACAGAAUCGGCAGGACAUGAAGACCGCAGGACCGCAGUCUCAGGUCCUCGCCAGCGUUAUAACAGUUGACAGUCCUCCGUCUCCAGUCAGCCCACCUCAAGUCCCACCCGAGCCAGAACCUCCCAAUCCCUUCAACCAGCUGACAGACCAGGAGCUGGAGGAGUACCGCAAGGAGGUGCAGAGGAAACAGGAUGGAGGGACCGAUGAGGAGGAGGUGGCAAAUGACAAGGAGUCUCCCCCAGCUACCUCUCCAACAAAGGGCCCUCCACCAAGCCACCCUCCCCUCUCAGAAGAGGCAAAGACCGAGUCUCCAGCCAUACAGAACGGAGGUGAGGAGGAGAAGCAGACGACGGAGGAACUGGAGAAGGGGAUGAAGGCUCUCACAACCAACGACACCUCCUCCACACCUGCUGCUCCGCCCGCCAAACCACAAGGUGGCACCCCAGAGGGCUCGCCCUCCAAGUCCCCAUCCAAGAAGAAGAAGAAGUUCAAACCGCCGUCGUUCCUGAAAAAGAGCAAGAAGCAGAAGGAGAAAGCAGAAACCUGAGGCGCUCAGACACACCAGACCUCGGUGAAAUACUACUGUGAAACAUUUCUUAGUGUAUGACGGAGUAGCAGAUGAGUUCACCACAUCAGAUGUAUUGAAACGCAGUCUGUUAAGAUGUCAGUCACAGACAUGGUGUACUAAAUUGCCUCUCAAAUACUUUACUCACUAACGCCGGUACUCACUGAUUUGAUCUAUGUGGUGAUUCAUCUUAAGCAGGUUAAAACACACUGAUAAUUAUUUUCACAUACUAUUUGACCCUGGUCGGACACAACAUUUUGACGCACUACUUUAUGUCUCCCACACGCACACACACACACACACACACACGCACGCACACACACAGUCCCUGUAUUACUUGUGUCUUAUUUUCACCUGCUGUGCUAUCAAACCAUUACUUAACUUUACUGUAUAGGCAGUCAAACAUGUUCCUUUACAAACCUGGGAUUACUAGCGUGGUCCUGCCCACUUGCCACUCAGAAUUUGUUUCAUACCAUUUUUUAAAAAAUCCACUAUUUGCCAGACGCGUUGGAAAUUUAAGUUUCCUUAAAUUAUGCACCCCUUAUACAUGUAUAGGCACUUGACAUAUGUAUAUUGGCAUUCUAGUAUUUGUUCAUCAUCAUAGGCAUCUUCUCAUCAUGAUUUGGUUCUAAUUAUAUCAAGAUAGAUGUUGCAGGUAAACUAUGUGAGCACAGGUGUGCAGUACAUGUAGAAAUAUACUGAUAGCUACUGAUUGUGCUCUUCUGAUCGCUGGUGUUUGUGUAAAACUAUCAGCCUAACGACAUAAAUACAGCAGGGACGAGAAAGGGAAAAGAAAGCGGGGAAAAUAUACCGGCUCGCAACAAAACACAAGCCGCUAUAAAUGCCACUAUAACCCCAAAAAAGGAAAAGAAAGAAGCAAAGUAUUUGUUGCUUGCCAGUGCAGUUUGAAACCCAGUAAUAGCAGAUACUGAAGGUACUAAACAUUCCACUUUUCUCAUUUUCUUUCAAAUGUAUGUGUGCAAAAUGCCUCUAAACAGUUGUGAUUGUUUUCCGUUUUAACCAGUAGCUGUUAUCAAAAUGCUGACGUGUGAUGUUUGCUCAUUGUUAUAAUUUAUUUUAUAUUAGAAUGUGUAAGUGAGUGUUGCAAGGUUCCCAUGUAUCCGUCAUUAAAGAUCAAGUUUGAUUUAAACCAAC